AACAGAAACAGAAACAGCAAACCGAAGCUGAGUCCAACUACCGAAAGACAAUGCUAAGAUUUGGACAACAACUAAUGCUACUGGCGAUGGCCUGUUUGGCCCUGCAGACGGCCCACGGAUGGCUUUUGAAACUGCCCAAGCUGGAGGAUGUGCUGGCGGCCAAGGAGGAGAAGGACGAGGCCAUGCUGGACUGGUUCGAGGGCAAAAAGCAGAAGGAGUUGCUCAAGAAGCUGGAUAUCCUCAAUUUGUUCACCGAAAAGGAGGAGGCCAAGCUCGAGAAGAAGGAGAACGAGUGGGAGAAGUUCAAGCAGUGGUUCGACGAGAAGAAGGAGAAGGAGCUGGCCUUCUUCGAGGGCAAAAAGGAAAAGGAGCUGGCCUUCUUCGAGGGCAAACUGUCCAAGAAGCUGGGCAAAAAGAGCAAGGCCAAGAAGACGACGGCAAAGCCCUGCUACAGUUACCAACCCGCGCCGACCGCCGCCUAUUAUUCCGAGGAGGAGGAGUACGAGGAGUCCGAGGAGGUCACCGAAAAGCCCUGUCCCAAGUGCUACGACAAAGCACCAACCUAUCCAGUUCCAGUGAAAUACGGCGUGGUGGACGAUUCGGCGGAGGGCAUUCGCUACUUUACCUAAAGCCCCCUCCCUACCUAAAGGACCAAGCUAAUUAGCUCGGAUGGAUGGACGGAUAUUUAUUUAUUGCAUUUUUCCUGUCGCUCUCUCUUUUUUACAUAAUUACAUUUUUAAUAAAUAUAAUUAAAAUUCACAUAGCCGAA